AUGCCCAUCCGUGGAGAAUCCUCCUGCCGCCACUUCCACGAGCUCCUGCCCGCGAAGCUCAAAGAGCUCAGGGUCAAAUUUGAGGAAAUUAAGGAUUAUUUUCAAUCCAAAGAUGAUGAACUCAGCAUUCAGCUGCUCAGCUCUGACCUGCUGGAUGAAUUCAAGGGGAGCUUAGGCUGCCAGUCGGUGUCGGAGAUGAUGGGGUUCUACAUGGAGGAGGUGCUGCCCAGAGCCAUGAGGACCAGCACAGAUCACCAGCACAGCAUGGGCGACCUGGGCAACCUCCUGCUGAGCCUGAAGGCAAUGAUGAGGCAAUGUCACAGGUUCUUCACGUGCGAGGAGAGGAGCAGAAGCAUGAAGCACAUCAAGGAGACGUUCGCCAAGAUGAACAGGAAUGGAAUCUACAAGGCCAUGGGAGAGUUUGACAUUUUCAUCAACUACAUCGAAAAGUACUUGAUGAUGAAGAGAAGAAAGUGA